AUGAUUAACAAUUUAAUCGUGCUUCUGAGCCUGGUUGUUCUUCACAACUCUCUUAUGAAUGAAAAAACAGCAUGUAAAUGGCAAUUGGUGGAAGAGUGGAAUUCACAACUCACAUCAUAUGUGGUUAAUUGGACACUAACAGAAAACAUUUGCAUGAUUUUCAACGGAGAUUGUGGGUUCUUAGGUGUAAACACUAAAAGGAAUACUUCAGAUAAUCAAGUUGUUGCCCAGAUUUGCCUUUUGCAAAUUCAACUAGGAGACAGUCUUGUAAUUUCUUCUGAACCAUCUCUUCUGUGUCCAGAAAUAAAUUUGAUGAAUGUUUCUGAAGUAUCUUUUAUUGAUUGUCUCCAAAAUACCACAAAUGAUGAUCAGUUACUUUUUGGUUGUAAACUAAGAGGAAUGGACCAUGUUAAUACUGAGUGGAUGAGGGUUGGGACACAUUAUUUUAUCACAAUAGUGGCAAAUGAUCCAUCACUUUGUCAGCUGGGACUUCGAUUAAAUGUGAUGGUUAAACAGCAACUCUUCCAGGAAUCUCUGAAUUCAGAAUUGUGCUCUGGGCAAGUUAAAUGUCUUGGUCAAGUUUGGGACAAGACAUACCGCUGCCAUUGCCAGCCUCCAUUUUCAGGAAAAUACUGCCAGGAACUUGGUGCAUGUUUUCACAAGCCAUGCCAAAAUGAUGGAAGUUGCAUUAAUAAAACAGAAGAAUGGAAUAAACAAGGAUAUGGAUGUGUCUGUCACUUACAAUUUACAGACAGAAAUUGUUCAGAAAUAAUUGGCCAAUAUCAACUACAUAUCUGUUUCUAUGGAAACUGCAGCAAUAUUACAGUAAACUGUCUAAUUUGUGAAUACCAAGAACAAUUUUCAGGUCUAUUUUGUGAGGAGUCAAUGGAAUCUUGUAUUUCUCAGCCUUGGUGGAAAGGAAGUACCUGCCAAAAUAACAGCUCUGCUUACUUUUGUCAUUUCCCAGAAGGCUUUCUGGAUCAAAACUGUGAAACAAAUGUCAAUGAGUCUUCAUCAACACCAUGUCUGAAUGUCACUGAAUUUACCUCCAACGAUAUACCAAAUGAUGUUACAUGCAUCAGCUUAUCAAUAUUUGCAGACAAGCAUUAUAAGAGACUUCAAACAACACACGCGGCUUUUCCUUGCAUGAAUGUCACGUGGAUGGAACAUAAGGAAGAUUAUGAUGGCAGUGGUAUGCCACAAUUUACUGGAAAAAACUGUAAGGAAGUCAUUGACCACUGCAAUCCACUCAGCAUCAACUGUCUAAAUGAAGGAUGGUGUUUCAAUAUAAUUGGAAGAUUCAGAUAUGUAUGUACUUCAGGGUGCACAGGGAAUUCAUGUUGGUUUGUGGAGAAUGUUUACUUAAUUCAUGGGAACUUCUGCUAUAAUGGAACCACUUGUCAUAAUAUUUGCCAAACGAAAGAUCCUCAUCAGUUUGAAUAUGUGUGGCAGUUAAGAUUUACAGGAUUUGAAGGUGAAAACUGUGAGGUGGUUAUUGAUGCCUGCUUCUUUUUAAUUGCAAACUGCAAUGAAGUCCCUGUUUACGUGAAAAAUGCGGAAGACCUUAAUUAUGCAUGUUGGUUCCCAUGUGAAGGAAUAAUUGAGACAUGUACAAAUGCACACAGAUGUUUGACCAAUGAACACAGCCAAGGAUAUCAAUGUAUAUGUAUUCCCCGGUGGUCUGGCAAAAUGUAUGUGGAAAAUACAACUGAUUGUAAAGAAAGUGGAUGUCAACAUAAAACCAUUUGUAAAGAGGAAAGUAAUGGACCCAGAUGCAGUUGUCUUCUUGGUUACAUUGACAGAUUCUGUAUUCUCGAUGUAAGGAAUACAAUGUCAGGAAACCAGAAUACAUUGGUGCAUGGCCUCUGCCUGAUGCAUUUGCACAAUUGCAACUAUAGCUGUCUCCAAAGAUAUGAAGGAAAUAUCUGUGAAAUAGACAGUGAAGAUUGUAAAGCCGUGCCCUGCAAAAACGGAGCAACCAGGAUAUAUUUAAGUGGAUAUUUCUUCAGCAAGUGUAUCCCAGGAUUUAUAGGCACAAGAUGUGAAAUAGGUAUAGAUGAGUGUGCUUCACAGCUCUGCAACAAUGGAGCCACCUGCAUUGACCAACCUGGUAAUUACUUCUGCCAAUGUGUGGCUCCAUUUAAAGUGGUUGAUGGCUUCUCCUGCUUAUGCAGCCCAGGCUAUGCUGGAUUGAAAUGUGAACAGGAUAUUGAUGAUUGUAUCCUGAAUGCCUGUGAGCACAAUUCUACCUGCAAAGAUCUGCACCUCAGCUAUCAAUGUGUCUGCCUGCCUGGUUGGGAAGGAACGUUUUGUGAGCAAGAAUCCAAUGAGUGCAAAAUGAAUCCUUGCAAGAACAAUUCUACCUGUACUGACCUUUACAAUAAUUAUCACUGUGAAUGUACAUCUGGAUGGACUGGACAAAAUUGUAGUGAAGAAAUAAAUGAAUGUGACUCUGACCCAUGCAUGAAUGGAGCUCUUUGUCAUGAAUCUACUAUCCCUGGGCAAUUUGUAUGUCUGUGCCCACCCUUUUACUCUGGACAAUUCUGCCAUCAGCGCUAUAACCUCUGUGAUCCACUCAAUGGUCCUUGCAGAAACAACUCAACAUGCUUGACUUUGUUAGAUGGAGAUCAUUAUUGUGUUUGUAGAAAAGGAUUUGAAGGUGAACGCUGUGAAAUUGAUAUGAAUGAGUGCCUCUCCCUACCCUGCCAGAAUCAUGGUGACUGUGAGGAUGGGGUCAACAAUUUCAGGUGUGUUUGCAGACCCGGAUUUUCUGGAUCUCUAUGUGAAAUGGAAAUUAAUGAGUGUUCUUCCAGACCUUGCAAAAAUAAUGGAACCUGUGUGGAUCUUACGAACAGAUUUUUAUGUAAUUGUGUACCGGAGUCUCAUGGAUCCUCCUGUGAGUUGGAUGUGAAUAAAUGUAAAACCUCACCUUGUCUAGAUGGAGAAAACUGCGUCAACAGAACUGGAAGAUACAAAUGUCUCUGUGCCUCUGGUUAUACAGGCAUUGAUUGUGAAGUAAAUAUAGAUGAAUGUCUAUCGGAGCCCUGUCUCCAUGAUGGAGUUUGUACUGAUGGCAUCAAUCAUUACACCUGUGACUGCAAGAGUGGGUUUUCCGGAAAACACUGUGAAGCAAAUGCAAAUGAGUGCCUCUCAAGUCCUUGUCUACAUGGAAGAUGCAUAGAUCUCAUUAAUGAGUAUCGAUGUUCAUGUGAUGCAGGUUGGACUAGCUCAAGAUGUGAGAUCAAGAUUAAUGACUGCCCAUCAAUUCCUUGUGUGAAUGAAGGCAUCUGUCAGAAGUUGGUAGAUGAAUUUACUUGCAUUUGUCCAAGUGGUUACACUGGCGCAUAUUGUGAAAUAGAUAUUGAUAGCUGUGCUGAACCUGACCUGAAUUUGAUUCUCUGUCUUAAUGGAGGUGUUUGUGUCGAUGGUCCAGGACACACUUUUUCCUGCAGAUGUCUCCCUGGAUUUUCUGGCCAAUUUUGUGAAAUUAAUAUAAAUGAAUGUUCGUCAUCACCAUGUCUACACAGUGCAAAUUGUGAAGAUCAAAUCAAUGGAUAUAUUUGCAAAUGUCAACAAGGAUGGUCAGGACAUCACUGUGAGAGAGAACUUGAUGAGUGCAUUCCCAAUUCAUGUACUCAAGGAAUAUGCAUAGAAAAUGAACCUGGCUUUGGCUCAACCUGUUUAUACAUACCAAGAUUUGAGACCUGCUCCAUUGGGCUUCUUUGUGGUGAUGAAAUAAACAGAGUUACCUGUGUACUUCCCAUCUCUCAAAGAGAAGGAAUUUCUACAGAAACAUAUACAGCACCUCCUUCUGAGACUACAGUCAGUAUCCUUGAAUCUGCAAGGGCCACAAGACUAUGGACUCUAGUGAAUACUUAUCCAGUUGAUCAAGGUUCAGAAAAGACAGACAUUUUCAAGCAUAAUGUUCUCCCAGCCACUAGUUUGGCAGCAUCGAGUGCUGGCUUAUCCUUUGAAAGCUAUUUACUCGAAGAACUGAUUUCCACUAGAGAGCUUUCAGCAAAACACAGUGAUCCUUCUUCCACAUAUGCCUCCUUUUCUCUGUAUCUGGAUUUUGGUGUUCCUGCCCCAGCACAGUUUGUCUUGGACACAACAUUUGGAUCACAUAUGCCCACCCAAACUUUAGCAGGCACUGCAGCAUUACUUUUUCCUGAUAGAAUAGAGACGACUCCAUUCAUCACCUCUUCCUUAAGGACAGAUUUUAGUUUCCAUACACAGUCUUUGUUAUUUGAGAAACAUCACACUGUUGUCUUAUCAGCUACCACAAUGAGUUCAGUAAUUAGUGACAUUCCAGGGGCUGAUAUUAAGUUAAACAGGCACUCAUUAUUCUCCCAUGGAUUCCUGCUCACAACUUCUUCCACAAGUGCAUCUCCAAUCGUCUCUAGGGGGCCUCAAGAAGUUCUUGAAGAAUAUUCAGCUGUUUCCUUAAUUUCAAGAAGAGAGCACUGGAGAUUGCUGAGCUCCUCGAUGUCUCCCAUUUCUCCUGCUAAGAUAAUUAUAUCCAAACAGGUAGCCAUCUUAAACUCAUCAGCUCUGUACCAAUUCAGUACACAAGCCUCCAUUCCCAGUGAAUAUCAGAUUAUUACUGAAGCAUCUAGCAACCGGAGACUCACAAACAUCAAAUCACAGUCUGCUGAUUCUUUAAGUGAAUUAAGCCAAACAUGUGCAACAUGUUCUAUGACUGAAACAAAAUCCUCUCAUGAAUUCUCAGACCAAGUUUUGCAUAGCAAGCAGUCCCACUUUUAUGAGACAUUCUGGAUGAAUUCAGCAAUAUUAGCCAGCUGGUAUGCACUAAUGGGAACUCAAACGAUCACUUCUGGGCAUUCAUUUUCUUUUGCUACUGAAAUAACACCAUCAGUGGCAUUCACAGAACUGUCAUCUUUAUUUCCUUCUAAAAUGAGCACAGAAAGAACAAUUUUACCCUCAUCCUUGGAAGAAUCCAUUACCUUUUCAAGUAAUUUGGAUGUUAAGUUAUGUUUGAAUAAGACGUGUUUAUCCAUUGUCCCUUCACAAACUGUCUUCUCAGACCUGAUGCAUUCUGAUUUGACUUCAAAACUGACUACUGGUGAUUCUUCAAUAUCAGAAAACGUUUUAAAACUACUAAAAAUAGGACAAUAUAGUGUAACUGUGGGACCCACUGAAUUACUGAAUGAAGACACUUUAUUGGGCAUGCAAGAGAGUAAGGGAUUUCAUAAGCCAUUCGAACUUUACACAACUGAUAAAUCUCUAGGCUUUGAAUUAAACUCACAAAGCCAUCCAGAUUUUACUGUAAACAUAAAUUUAGAAACCAUACAUCCAAGUGAUCUCAAAUACAACCUGCCACCAUAUAUAGACUCGAUGUCUGAUGUUCCAGAAGUAACUUCUAAUGUUGGAUUUUAUACAGUUUCACCAACUCAAUCACUUCCAAUACAGACGUCUUUCACUAAAUCUGUAAUUAUGCCAGAUUGGCCAUAUUAUACAGAUUAUGAGACCUUAACAUAUGAUUUAAGAGAAGAGGUCAGGACUUCUUCACAAUGGUCUAAAUGGGAACUUCAGACUAGUGUGCCACAUUGGGAGUCUCCUGCAAGCCAGAGUCUUUCCAUCGCUAGAUCUCUUAGUUUGUCUUCACUGGAGUCUAUUACAGCACCUUGUCAGCUGAUGAUUACUGAUUUCAGUUGUGUUCGUUAUUAUGGAGAUUCCUAUCUAGAAUUUCAGAAAGUGCUUUUAAAGCCACAAAAUAACAUCUCCCUAGAGUUUCAGACCUCCAGCUCCUCUGGAAUCCUGCUCUACAUCAAGGAAGACUCAAAUUCAGUAGAUGGAUUUUUUAUGCAAUUAUUUAUUGAAAAUGGCACUUUAAAGUACCACUUUUUCUGUGCUGGUGAAGCAAAAUUGAAAAUCAUUAAUACUACUGUAAGAGUAGAUAAUGAGCAAAAAUAUACAGUGCUUCUCAGGCAAGAAUUGGAUCCAUGUAAAGCUGAAGUGACUCUUCUAGGGAAGAUUAUAAAAGCAAGUGAAUCUAUCAAUCACAAAUCUGGAAAAUCCCUGCAAGCAUCAAGUUCUGUCUUUGUUGGUGGAUUUCCAGAUCUUCAUGGGACAAACCAGAUUUCUGGACCAAUCAAGAAUUUUACUGGCUGCAUAAAAGUUAUAGAGAUCAAUAACUGGGGAUCGUUUAUACCAUCUAAGGCAGUGGACAAAAAUCACAUUGACAAUUGCAGAUCCCAGGAUUCUACUUCUUCUCCGACAGUCCCCUUCUUUGCUCCUUCUGGAGUGACAGAGGGGGCUGACUCUGUGUGGACUGCCCACAGCACCUCUCCUCCAGCACCAUCUGUGUGCCAGGAGGAUGUGUGCCACAAUGGCGGCACCUGCCAUCCCAUCUUCCUCUCAAGUGGUGCAGCCUCAUUUCAGUGUGACUGUCCACUACAUUUCACUGGCCGUUUCUGUGAGAAAGAUGCAAGUUUAUAUUCUCCGUCUUUCAAUGGGAAUUCCUAUUUAGAACUGUCUUUUUUUACAUCCCUGGGUGAAUUUACGUUUGUCCUGGAGAACGAACAUAACCGAACUGUUAUCAUCUACUUGACUAUAAAAACAAGCUGUUUAAAUGGAACUAUUCUCUACAGUAGUGAGAAGAAUUUUGGAAAACAGUUUCUUCAUUUAUUUCUUGUGGAAGGAAGGCCCACAAUUAAAUAUGGAUGUGGAAGUUCUCAAAAUAUCUUGACACUUUCUGCCAAUUACAGCAUUAACACAAAUGUAUUCAUCCCCAUCACAAUACACUACACUGUGCCGGAUGGCAGCCCUACAGUUGCUUGUAUGAUUGAAAUGACUGCAGAUGGAAAUCCUCCUAUACAGAAGCAAGACACAGAAGCAUUCCAUGCUUCUCAGGCAUAUUUUGAUUCAACGUUUCUUGGCCAUAUCCCUGCAAACAUGAAGAUCCGUAAGAAUGAGGGCCAUAUUUAUGGGUUCAAAGGCUGUAUUCGAGAGCUUCAAGUAAACAACAAAGAAUUCAUCACUGAUGAAGCUCUGUGUGGAAAGAACAUUGAGAACUGCCAUGUCCCUGGGUGUGCUCAUCAUCCAUGCCACAACAACGGCAUCUGCACCAGUGAGAGUGAAAACUGGUUUUGUGAGUGUCCAAGGCGUUACUCAGGCAAGCUGUGCCAGUUUGCAACUUGUGAAAACAACCCAUGUGGAAACGGUGCCACUUGUGUUCCAAAAUCCAGGACAGAUACUGUCUGCCUCUGCCCCUACGGAAGGUCUGGAGUCCUAUGCACUGACGCUAUUAAUAUUACUCAGCCCAGGUUCAGUGGCACGGAUGCCUUUGGAUACACCUCAUUCCUGGCUUAUUCACGGAUCCCAGACAUUAGCUUCGAUUAUGAAUUCCACUUGAAGUUUCAGCUGGCAAACAACCAUUCAGCAGUGCAAAAUAACUUGAUAUUUUUCACGGGACAGAAAGGCCAUGGACUGGAUGGCGAUGACUUCCUGGCAGUGGGUCUGCAGAACGGCAGUGUGGUUUACAGCUAUAACCUGGGAUCUGGCAUAGCAAGUAUCAGGAGCAAGCCCCUUGAUCUGAGCCUUGGAAUACACACAGUCCAUCUGGGGAGGUUCUUCCAGAUGGGCUGGCUGAAGGUAGAUGAUCAUAAAAAUAAAUCUGUCAUCUCCCCAGGAAGAUUGUUUGGUCUCAACAUCAUCAGUCUAUUUUAUGUAGGUGGCUACAGUGAAUACAUCCCAGAUCUCUUACCAUAUGGAGCUGAUUUUAAAAAUGGCUUUCAAGGCUGUAUUUUCACUGUUCAAGUUCGCACUGCAAAGGAUGGCCAUUUCAGAGACCUGGGAAAUCCUGAGGGCCUCCCAAAUUCUGGACGCAGCGUUGGCCAGUGUGAUGCUUCUCCUUGCAGUUUAAUGAAAUGUGGCAAUGGUGGGACAUGCACUGAGAGUGGAUCUACUGUUUACUGUGACUGUCCCACUGGGUGGAAAGGAGCAUUCUGCACAGAGACUGUUUCCACCUGUGAUCCUGAGCACGACCCUCCACACCAGUGUAGCAAAGGAGCAACCUGUGCUUCAUCGCCUGAUGGAUACACCUGCUACUGUCCUCUAGGAACUACUGGAAUCUACUGUGAACAAGCUUUAUCUAUAACUGACCCAUCUUUCAGAAGCAAUGAAUUAUCAUGGAUGUCCUUUGCUUCCUUUCGUAUUCGGAAGAAGACACAUAUUAAAUUACAGUUCCAGCCUAUUUCUGCAAAUGGCAUCCUAUUUUAUGUGGCACAACACUUACAAGCACAAUCAGGUGAUUUUUUAUGUAUUUCUUUAGUAAAUAGUUCUGUUCAAUUUCGCUACAAUCUUGGUGGCAGAACUAUCAUUCUUGAAACUCUUCAAAAAGUAAUUAUUAAUGGAAGUACUUGGCAUGUGAUUAAAGCAGGAAGAGUUGGUGCUGAAGGUUACCUGGAUCUGGAUGGGAUAAAUGUAACAGAAAAAGCUACCACUAAAAUGAAUUUCCUGAAUAUAAAUACAGAUUUCUAUAUUGGAGGAGUGUCAUCCUUGAAUCUUGUAAAUCCCAUGGCAGUAGCAAAUGAACCUGUAGGUUUUCAAGGUUGUAUUCGAGAAGUUAUUAUAAAUAAUCAAGAAUUACAGUUAACCGAAUUAGGAGCAAAACGUGGUUCAAAUGUAGGUGACUGUGAUGGGACAGCUUGUGGGUACAAUGUGUGCAGAAAUGGGGGUGAAUGCAUAGUAAAUGGCACAACUUUUUCUUGCAGAUGUUUGCCACAUUGGACUGGAAAUACAUGUGAGCAAUCUGUGUACUGUUUGAAUAAUCUAUGUCUCCAUCAAUCUCUAUGUGUACCCGACGAAUCAUUUUCUUACAGUUGUUUGUGUCCUUUAGGUUGGGUAGGAAGGUAUUGUGAAAACAAAAUUUCAUUUUCAACAGCAAAAUUUAUAGGUAAUUCUUACAUUAAGUACAUUGAUCCAAAUUACAGAAUGAGAAACCUUCAGUUCACUACUGUAUCCUUCAAUUUUAGUACUAUUGAAACAGAGGGCUUAAUUUUAUGGAUGGGAAAAGCUCAAAAUGAAGAAAAUGAUUUUCUGGCAAUUGGUCUCCAUAAUCAGACCUUGAAAAUAGCAGUUAACCUAGGAGAAAGAAUCUUUGCGUCUGUGAUCCAUAACAACGGCACGUUCUGUUGUAACAAAUGGCAUCAUGUAAUUAUAAUUCAAAAUCAGACUCUUAUCAAGGCCUACCUAGAUGGCAAUUUAAUACUCUCUGAAAAUACUGACCCAUGCAAAAAUUUUGUUGCUCUAAACUAUGAGGGUGUUAGUUAUUUAGGGGGCUUUGAAUAUGGUCGAAGGGUAAAUAUUGUCACUCAGGAGACUUUUAAAAGAAAUUUUGUUGGCAAAAUUAAAGAUGUUGUGUUUUUCCAGGAUUCAAAAAAAAUUGAGUUAAUUAAAUCAGAAGGAUACAAUGUUUAUAAUGGAGAUGAACAGAAUUAGCAGAAUCCACUCAAAAUAAAACUCUACCCAAUAUCUGCUGAAAAACUUUGA